AAAGAGAGAGAGAGAGAGAGUUUCCUUUGAAGGAAAAAAAACCCUACUUCCACAUCAGUGUGUUUACUUUGGGCAGGCACAGAAGAAAAGUCAGGGUUUUAGUAAUUUCUAGAUUGAUAUCCGGGUGGUGAAGAAGACGUGAAGUGCUUUUGUGUUUGUUGAAAGGAAUCUCUAAACUUAAUAAGCGGCAGAGAGACAGAAGGAGAGAAGGUUGCAGCCCCACAGUCCUGGAAGAAAUAUGAUUCAGCGAUGAAAAGCAGACAUGGCUAUUUUGUCCUUGACUUCAAGUGUGACUCCAGUCCAGGCACUAAUUUCCAGAGAAGGCAGCUGAGGAAGCAAGCUCCUUGCUGGGCCGUAAUGACGAGGAGGCAAGUGAAGAAGUGACUAGGAAGAGGGAGAAAGAAGAUGGGAGCCAAUGUUUCCAACUACCCACACUCAUGCUCUCCACGCUUUGGUGGAACCGCACAAGCUCAGCAGACCUUCAUUGGAACGUCAUUGUACUCGCAGCAGAGUUACACGUGGGAGCCAAAGAUCUACAGCCUGGAGCAUGGUGGCCAUGACCGUGUUCCUGAAAGGAAGAAGAAGAGCUCUGGCCUGGCCACGCUGAAGCGCCGCUUCAUCCGCCGCCGCAGGGCGAGCCGCUCAGCCGACCAUGCACGGCACAUGCGUGAAUUGCUCUCAGGUUGGCAUGUUUGUGAUGCCAAUGCCCUAGUGGAGGAGUACGAGGGCACAGCUGCCCUCAAAGAGCUGAAUCUGGCCACGAGUCUGGCUCGGCCUGAAGCUGCCACCCUGCGAUCCUGCAUGGCCACCCUCUUCCAGCACAAACACUGUGCUGAUGUGGACCUGCUCUUUCAGGAUGCCUGCUUCCCUGCCCACCGUGCCAUCCUGGCUGCCCGCUGCCCUUUCUUCAAGAGCUUGCUGUCAUCGACAGGAUCAGCCAAUUCAAGCUACAAUGGACCAGAGGUGCUACUUGAUAUGGGCACAGCAGGAAUGGACGUCAUGAUGUUCUCUGCCCUGCUACAUUUCUUGUACACGGGUGAACUGGGAGGUACCAACAGGGAGGCGGAAACACGGCUGAGGAACGUGGAUGUCCUCAGGCAACUGAGUGAGGAGUUUGGCAUGCCUAACCCUCUGGAGGAAGAUAUGAGGGUGCUGUUUCACUCCAUGUACUACUAUGACUCUGUACUCAGCUUCUGCUCUGAGCCUGAGAGUGUCGACGCUUAUGAUGCUGUAGGAGGGAUUAGCGGUGGAGGGAUUGCUGGAGUUGGCAUUGUAAAAAGUGAUCAGUCAGCAUCCCCAGAGGAGGACCUGAAAGCCCAUAAGGCCGUGCUCUCGGCACGCUCUCCUUUCUUCCGGAACCUUCUGCAGCGCCGUGUCCGAACCGGUGAAGAGCUAACGGAGAGAACACUACAAACACCUACACUCAUUGUCCUGGACGAGUCAAUCAUCCCACGGAAGUACGCCAGGGUCAUCUUGCACUGCAUGUACACUGAUGUUGUAGACCUAGCACUAGUGAUGCGUGGCAGUCCUUCAAUGGGCAGUCUGAGUGAAACGCAGUCCCUGGGGACGAGUAACACUGCUGGCAAGGGUGCUGUCCCUAUACGCACAGAGGAAGCCAUGGAGCUCUACCACAUUGCCUUGUUUCUGGAGUUCAGUAUGCUGGCACAAGGUUGUGAGGAUAUCGUUGUGGAGAGCAUCUCUCUGGAGUCGCUGAUCUCCAUUCUGAAGUGGAGUUCUCAGCCAUACGGCUCAAAAUGGGUCCACAGACAAGCCGUGCAUUUCCUUUGUGAGGAGUUCAGCCAGGUCAUGACCUCAGAUGUGCUCUAUGAGCUCACCAAGGAUCAACUGCUUACAGUUAUUCAGUCAGACUACCUGCAGGCGAGCGAGCAGGACAUUUUGAAGUAUGUGAUUAAGUGGGGCGAGCACCAGCUCAUUAGGAGGAUGGCUGACCGAGAGCCCAAUCUACUGAGCGGUACAGCUCACAGUGUGAAUAAGCGUGGAGUGAAAAGAAGAGAUCUGGAUAUCGAAGAACUGAAAGAGAUUUUGUCUCCUCUGCUGCCUUACAUCCGCAUGGAGCACAUUCUCCCAGCCAAUAGUGACAUCCUCGCUGACGCAAUGAAGCGUGGCUUGAUCAGCACUCCUCCAUCAGACAUGUUGCCCACAGCAGAGGGAGGCAAAGUAAACGCCUGGCUUAGGCAGAAAAACACAGGCAUUUACGUGCGUCCGCGUCUCUUCUCUCCCUACGUGGAGGAGGCAAAGUCAGUCCUUGAGGAGAUGAUGGUGGAACAGACGGAUCUGGUACGACUGAGAAUGGUGCGCAUGUCUAAUGUGCCCGACACACUGUACAUGGUCAAUAACGCUGUGCCCCAGUGCUGUCACAUCAUAAACCACCAGCAAAUCCCUGGCAACCAAACCACUGCCCCAUCUGUCGUGGCCAAUGAGAUACCAGUGCCCAGCUUGGCAGUGGUUCGAGAGAUGAUUUCCAGGCUACAGGAGCUCAGGCACACCGAUCAAGUCCAGAGAGCCUAUGCGCUGAACUGUGGGGAGGGAGCAACAGUGAGCUAUGAGCUUCAACUCCGUGUUCUCCGAGAGUUUGGCCUGCCGGAUGGAGCCGCAGAGUUGCUGCAGAACCCACACAAGUUCUUUCCAGAGGAGCGUUUUGGAGAUGAGAGUCCUUUACUUGGUCUGAGAGCAGUCAGCCAUUGCAGAGUGAACAGCUCCCCUGCUAUAGAGACUAUGUUUACAGAAUUAGAGAGCCUUGGGAGUCUUAACCCCCCUCUCCCUCCUCCACCUCCUCCAUAUCAUGCCAUGUCAGCUCAGGCCCAGCACAGAGUAGCCUGGGGCUCCAGGGUGGCAGUGCCAGCCCCAUCUCGCUCCUUCUCAUACCCCUGUAACCACACACUACUCCAACAGAGAGGCUCCUCCAUGCCCAAAUCCGGCAACCCACCACACCAAGCUCCUGACUACGGCAUGGCACAGAGCAUGGGGAAAACACUUAAUGCAGAGUCAUGUGAGCGUCUGGAACCUCUGAUUAGUGAUUAUAUGCCGGACAUUGCUCUCGGGGUGUCCUCUAUGACUCUGUCGGAGCAUGGCAAAGCUCAGGACACCACUCUUCAUUCUCUUCCCAACAUGGUCUCUACUAUCCCCCACUACCCACCUGGACCAUGCCCCAGUGGACGAUAUUCUCUCACUCAACUGUCCCACACAAGACAUGUCCCCAAACAAAAAGCAGAGCCUCCAUCUGAUUAUCCAGACGUUUCUGACUUGGCGAAUCAAGACACUCUUGUAUCUAGCCUUUCUACUCAGGCCACCUACACAGGUCCAGACUUGUACGGACAGCGCAGAGGGCCAUGUAAUAACAUAACCCUUUCAUGUCUCCCUGACACGUUGUCAGUUCCCACGCACACGAGGCUUGGACAGCCAUCGGACUCCCUUCAUUUGGACGUCUUGGGUCAAAGGUUGGAUUUGGACCAUACUUCCUCUGGAGUAUCCUCACUAGGGGGAGCAUUUGUGCCCAGUGGGUGCUCAAAAAAUGACUCGGACCUGACAUGUGGCCUUGGACCUUCAAAAGGAGGUGCUGAGUCAUACGACGAGCACAGCUCCGUUCCAGAUAUGAAAGGGGAUGUAAAGGAGGCCUCUGGAGGAGCUGGACACCACAGGAACGGGAGUGAAGAAACGGGAAUAAGCCGGGAUCACAGGUCACCCAAUCAGCCAGAGUACCAGUAUAGGAAAUCUGCACUUUAAAUCAGAUCAUGAAAAGACAUUGACUUGGACAAAGACUGUUUUUAAAACCUCAAGUCUAUUAAACAAGUGCUGAGUUUCAGUGUAAUCUUGCAGGUAGCUACAGUACAUCUCCCUUCCAUUACAGCUUAUUCGAAAGGGAUCAGUCCUUUCAGAAAGUUGGGAAAUGUUUCAAAGAGGUUGCUUAAGAAUGAGUGGAUUUUCAUAAGGGUUCGUAUUUGUGGAGUAAGUCGUAAUGCAGAGGGUUUGGGCCUUUUUUAUUUUAAUGGAUCCUUCUUGAUACCAAAAUUCAUUAAUCUGAGUCUGUGACUGAUAUAUUAACUGAUGGUAACAUCAAUAAAAUAUGCCUCCCAUUAAAAAUGGGAAUCAAAUAAGCUCCUAGAUGAAUGCCAGAAAAAGAACACUGCAAGUCAAAAAUUUGGACGCCAGCGUAUAGGUUUUUCUCCAUUUUGUUUGUGCGAUUUUAGAAUAAUAAGACAUCAACACUAUAAUAUAUCAAACUAAAUUAUACAGUAACCAAGCAAAGUGUUAAAUCAAAUCUAGUUUGUAUUUUAAAUUCUUAAGUCUUCCUCAUUAAGGAUUGCACAUUCUUGCCAAUUUCUCAACUAGCUUCAGGCAGGCGAUUCCUAAAUAAGCUGAGUACUCCUUCUUGAAGGCUGAUUCUCUUGUUUGGGGUAACAACAUAUAUAAUUUUAAUUAAAAACAACUUGUUUAGGGGUUUAAAAAAAACAUUUGGUUCAGAAAUGCAUCUAUAAAUGGGUAUUAACGUCACUCUUUUUACAUUAGUCUUUGAAACAAAUAUCAGCAAGUUUUCGAAAUUUCUCUUCGCCAUUGGAAAAUAUACGAUCAAUCAUUGUGUCCAAACUUUUUGACGAAGAACUCUAUUUCCUUUAGGCCUGUAACCAGUACACUGAGAAGAGAUCAGUUGUAGGUCCUGGAGACAGGAAGAGGACACGUUUUUUUCACUUUUUCUUAUAAUGGGCUGGAUAAAUGCGAAUGACUGACAGCAUAAAAUGUGCUGGCAAUAUAAUGUGUUCGUCAGGAGUUGGGCCACCACGAACCACUAGAACAGCUUCAGUGCACAUUGACAUGGCUCCUUCAAGUCUCUGGGACUGUACUGGAGGGAUGAACUACUCCCCACCCCUGCUCAAAAGAUGCAUAUUCCCUCAUUUGAUGUUCUGAUGGUGGUCAAGAGUGCUUUGUAAUGACCCUUCCAUCCUGACCCUUGUUUUGGAUGCAAAACAUAACACAGCAACUCUUUUUUUUUUUU